GCCCCGUGUGCUGCCCGCCGCGCUCCGCUGCCCGCCACUCCCCCGACCUCCGCCCGGCCGCGCCCCGGGACGCUUUGAUUGGCUCUUAGUUGACAGUUUAGCGCCGCGGAAGGCAGUUCCAACACCGCCCUGGGUAGCCCGGGUGGACGAUGACAGGGUAAAGGCUCGUCUGCGGUACCUCGCUGCUGGGCUCGCUCGCUGUGUGAAGGUUAUCUGCAAUGCUGGAACGAAGUAACUCAAGAUGAGCAAGCUAAAAGUGGUAGGAGAGAAAAGCCUUACCAAUAGUUCUCGGGUUGUCGGGCUCUUGGCUCAACUGGAGAAGAUCAAUACGGACCCCACAGAGUCGGAUAAUGUUAGAUAUGUCACAUCCAAGAUUCUGCAUCUGGCCCAAAGUCAAGAAAAAACAAGGAGGGAAAUGACAACCAAAGGUUCUACGGGUCUGGAAGUUCUGUUGUCAACAUUGGAGAACACGAAAGAUCUUCAAACUAUACUUAAUAUCUUAAGCAUUCUUGUCGAGCUGGUAUCUUCUGGUGGAGGCCGAAGAGCAAGUUUCUUAGUUGCCAAAGGUGGUUCACAGAUACUGUUACAACUGCUAAUGAAUGCCAGCAAAGACUCCCCUCCCCACGAGGAGUUGAUGGUACAGACUCAUUGUGUCCUCGCAAAGAUUGGACCCAAAGAUAAAAAGUUUGGAGUGAAGGCUCGAGUGAAUGGGGCACUGAAUGUCACCCUGAAUUUGGUCAAGCAGCACUUUCAGAACUAUCGCUUGGCUUUCCCUUGUCUUCAGCUCUUGCGCGUGUAUUCUACCAACUCUGUGAACGCAGUAUCUUUAGGUAAAAAUGGAGUUGUGGAGCUGAUGUUUAAAAUCAUUGGACCUUUCAGUAAGAAGAACUCGGGUCUUAUGAAGGUUGCUUUAGACACUCUUGCUGCAUUGCUAAAAUCAAAAACAAAUGCCAGGAGAGCCGUAGACAGAGGAUAUGUUCAAGUGCUUUUAACAAUUUAUGUAGAUUGGCACCGCCAUGAUAACCGGCAUAGAAACAUGCUUAUUCGGAAGGGAAUUUUACAGAGCUUGAAAAGUGUCACAAACAUCAAAUUGGGAAGGAAAGCAUUUAUUGAUGCAAAUGGGAUGAAAAUUCUGUACAACACUUCACAAGAAUGCUUGGCCGUCAGGACCCUUGACCCUCUUGUCAACACUUCUAGUCUGAUAAUGAGGAAGUGUUUCCCCAAAAACCGCUUGCCACUACCAACCAUUAAAAGUUCUUUCCACUUCGAGUUGCCAGUCAUCCCUGUGACUGGACCUGUGGCUCAGCUCUACAGCUUACCCCCUGAAGUGGAUGACGUAGUGGAUGAAAGUGAUGACAAUGAUGAUGCUGAUUUAGAAGCUGAAAAUGAAGUCGAAAAUGAAGAUGACCUAGAUCAAAGUUUUAAGAAUGAUGAUAUUGAAACAGAUAUUAACAAGUUAAAGCCCCAGCAAGUACCAGGACGCACAGUAGAAGAACUGAAGAUGUAUGAGCACCUCUUUCCUGAGCUUGUUGAUGAUUUCCAGGACUAUGAAUUAAUCUCUAAAGAACCCAAACCUCUUGUGUUUGAGGGGAAAGUCCGAGGCCCUAUUGUUGUUCCCACGGCUGGAGAGGAAGCGUCUGGAAACUCAGGUAGUGUAAAGAAAGGAGCUGUACUGAAGGAGAAGAUGUCUCCCAAGGGCGAGGAAGCCAAGGAAGAUGGCAAGGGCAGUGGUGGUCAGAACAGAACUGCUUCCUCAGCUCACAGCUUCAGCAGUGACAUUGUGAAGGCCUUGGACCGGAUCACCUUGCAGAACAGUCCUUCACAAGUAGGCACGAGGAAGGACUGUGGUCUGCCUCUCACGGUCCUCUCGUGCACGAAAGCAUGUCCACAGGUGGCUACGUGCGGAAGUACUCUUUUUGAAGGGCGGACAGUCCAGCUUGGGAAGCUUUGUUGUACUGGAGUUGAAACUGAAGAUGAUGAAGAUAGCGAGUCCAACUCGUCAGUCGAGCAGGCCUCCUCUGUGGAAGUCCCUGAUGGACCAACGCUUCACGACCCAGACCUCUACAUUGAGAUCGUGAAAAGCACGAAGUCUGUUCCAGAGUACUCAGAGGUGGCUUAUCCUGACUAUUUCGGUCACAUUCCACCUCCAUUCAAAGAGCCCAUUUUAGAAAGGCCUUAUGGUGUACAAAGGACAAAAAUUGCCCAAGACAUUGAGAGGCUGAUCCACCAGUGUGACAUCAUAGACCGGGUGGUGUAUGACCUGGACAACCCCAACUAUGCCACUCCAGAAGAAGGAGAUAUUUUGAAGUUUAACUCAAAAUUUGAAUCUGGGAAUCUGCGCAAAGUAAUUCAAAUUAGAAAAAACGAGUAUGACCUCAUUCUGAACUCGGAUAUAAACAGUAAUCAUUAUCACCAGUGGUUCUACUUUGAAGUCAGCGGGAUGCGGCCUGGCGUUGCAUACAGGUUCAACAUUAUCAACUGUGAGAAGUCCAACAGCCAGUUUAAUUACGGUAUGCAGCCACUUAUGUAUUCAGUUCAGGAAGCUCUAAACGCCAGACCAUGGUGGAUUCGGAUGGGGACUGACAUUUGUUACUACAAAAAUCACUUCUCAAGAAGUUCAGUUGCUGCAGGUGGACAGAAGGGAAAGUCUUACUACACAAUUACAUUCACUGUGAACUUCCCACAUAAAGAUGAUGUCUGCUACUUUGCCUAUCACUAUCCAUAUACAUAUUCAACUCUGCAGAUGCAUCUUCAAAAAUUGGAAUCAGCACACAAUCCUCAGCAAAUUUAUUUUCGAAAAGAUGUGCUGUGUGAAACCUUGUCUGGAAACAGCUGUCCCCUGGUGACCAUUACAGCAAUGCCAGAGUCCAAUUAUUAUGAGCAUAUCUGUCAAUUCAGAAAUCGUCCUUAUAUUUUCUUGUCUGCUCGGGUCCAUCCUGGAGAAACUAACGCAAGCUGGGUCAUGAAAGGAACACUGGAAUACCUCAUGGGUAAUAGCCCUACCGCCCAGAGUUUACGGGAGUCCUACAUUUUUAAAAUCGUCCCUAUGCUAAAUCCAGACGGUGUCAUCAAUGGAAAUCACCGCUGCUCCUUAAGUGGAGAGGAUUUGAACAGACAGUGGCAAAGUCCAAACCCAGACUUGCACCCUACGAUUUACCAUGCGAAGGGGUUACUACAGUACCUGGCUGCAGUGAAGCGCUUACCGCUGGUGUAUUGUGACUACCAUGGCCAUUCUCGAAAAAAGAAUGUGUUUAUGUAUGGCUGCAGCAUCAAAGAGACAGUGUGGCAUACCCAUGACAACUCAGCUCCCUGUGAUAUUGUGGAAGACAUGGGAUACAGGACUCUGCCUAAGAUACUGAGCCACAUUGCUCCAGCAUUUUGCAUGAGCAGCUGUAGCUUUGUCGUGGAGAAAUCCAAAGAGUCCACAGCCCGGGUUGUGGUGUGGCGGGAAAUAGGCGUUCAGAGGAGCUACACCAUGGAGAGCACUCUGUGUGGCUGCGACCAGGGGAGAUACAAGGGUUUACAGAUUGGGACUCGAGAAUUGGAAGAAAUGGGAGCGAAAUUUUGUGUUGGUUUAAUGCGUUUGAAAAGACUGACUUCUUCAUUGGAAUAUAAUCUGCCCUCCCAAAUGCUUGACUUUGAAAAUGACUUAAUGGAAUCCACUUGUAAAGUGACGAGGGAUCCUGACAGCUCUGCGCUCCGGCUUUCCCCCGCAGUCCCUUGAAAUGGCUGGCGCUCUGAUGACACCCUGCCCUGGGCCGCUGCCUCCUUUGCCCUGCUUCCCACUGGACUUUGCCCCGCACUUUCCCUUGCUGACUUUGCUCCGUAUCCUUUCGCUGCAAUAAGCCAUGAGUGUGGACCCCGCUGUGUGCCCUCUUCCUCUGAACCUGCUGCUCCAUUCUGAGUUUCUUCCUUGCUUGGUUGUCACAGAGAUGCUAGUGUUUUUGCUGAGAACAACUGGAGCUAGAACAUAGUGUACAGCAGUAGCUCAGCACUGCCAGUGUCGUCAUGGGCUGGUUCCUGCAGACGGUCUCCUCUAAACUCCACCAUCUUCAUGGUAGCUGAUACUCUCUGUGUACAAGAUGGUGCCAUUUGUGUGUUGUGACUCUGUGCAUAAUGGGUGACUGACCGUCUGGCUCCCUCCUCUGAGGACUGACUUUUGGCUCAGAGCUGGAGCGUGGUGGUGUCUCCCUCAUUCCUUCUAUUCCUUCCUUCCCUUCUCUCUUUUUCUUUCUUCCUUUCUCUUUUUCCAAAUAGAUGUCCUUUGGGCAGCCAUAUUGUCCAGUAGCUCAGCUGACCUCUGUGUGUGCUAGCACAUGCUUGUAAGUAUGUCCUAGUCAUUUCAGAGUGACACGCAUACAUAUAUUUCCUAUGAAAAGGAAGGUGGUUGUGACUUGUUAGGUAAUGUAUGUGAAGGUUCUUCUUAAGUUGUAAAGUACACAGGACAUAUACCAGAGUUCAGCAGAUGAAAAUUAAUUGGUGCGAUUGACCUUGUGUUCUAAAUCUUUCCCACUGAAGUAAAAUAGUGGGGGGCGAGGGGGGGCAGGAGCAUGGAUGACCGUGUCAGCCGCCUUGCUCCUCACUGAAAGGGCUGAGGUGGAGGGUCGGGGAGAUCAAGUGGAAGAGUGGAAUGCCAUGCCAGGUAGACAGACAAUAGCACAGUGCUUUAGUCUGGAACUGAUUCCCAGAGACAGUCAGCAUAGUGGGGCUCUGCAGAAGAUAAGGGCCUCGCGGUGGAAGUGGUUUCACAACACAAGCCUGCAGCUAGGCUGAUUCCCAGGUAGGAACUAGCAGAUGGGGUGGGGAGCAGGAAGGGAAGCCACCAGUGAAUAACCCUCCGGUGUAAACUCACUUGAACCUGGUAGGGAGAGAGCAUGGCCGUGUUUGAGUAAGGUGCCUGGAGGGGAAGGGCUGCUGUAGGCCGGAUCCUGACAUCACAUUCUUACAUUCAUAAAGUAUACAACAAACCUUUAUUGAAGCACCUGAAAAGUGCUUCUAGACCUUUAUAGUGGCACAGGAAGUGGGUGAGUCAUAGUUCCUGACCUUUGGCUUAGUAUUGAGAAAACAGGCAUGGGAACAGGCAGCUUCAGCUGUGUAUGAUGGUCAGAUGGAAUGUCUGUGUAGGGAACUCAUGCCAAGGUGUUUAGGAGAACUGAGGAUGAAGUCAAGCUGUACUCUGAAAAGAAACAUGAGCCACUGGGAGAAGAAAGUGGGGCCGUACAUCCUGUGCAGAGAAAUCAGGUAUGACCAAAGUGUGUCAAAGAUCACGUAGGGCUUGGUAUUUUCUGGAGAUUAAGGCUGGCUUCCUUCUGGAGAAUUGUGAGUUGUAUGACUUCCUGAGUGUAGAGAUUUGAGAAUACAGAGGAGGAACAGAUUUCGUGGGGAAACAAUGAGUUUUCAGCAUGCACUGUCUGUGGUGUAGGUGAAACAGCUGUGUAACGUCUCUAGAACUCCAUGCAGCUACAAGAGGGCUAGCUGAACUCAGCUUACAUGUUUGCUCUUGGAACUUAAGAGAAUGCAUGAAUGGAGAGCUGGGAACCAAGAGCAUCUUUAUCAGACCGCAUGCUCUGUAGGCCAGCAACAGAGAGGAGAGAGAGCAAACCAGAGUGGAAGAGUCAGAAUUCUCUCCACAGUGAGUGCAGCCGAGCCGCUGGUGGAAAUGGCAGUGGAAUCGGAUUGUGAGGGCUGUGCAUGUGCAGUGUGGAGAAGUGCAUGCCUUCCUUCCUCUCCCUCCGUAAGCCUGGCUCAUAGACAUGUCUGCUCUGCUCUCUCUCCUCUCUGAUCCCUGCCCACCUUCCUGGCAGACUCCUGUGUCUCCUUUCCCAGCAGUGGUCACCGUGUUGCAGGGCCAGUGCUGCUGUGAGCCUAGGAGCAGAGCGUUCUGAGGAUCUGGAGAGACAAGGGUCUGAGUGACCGUGGUGGGUACAGUGUGGACUAAGAGGAGGGCUUUGUUUCCUACUCUUUCCAUUCUCCUUACCAGAACAGGUGGCACCAUGAGCAGGGUGCUUGGUGAACGAAGCAGGUGUGGUUUGUUCAUGCCAAACUGACGAGUAAACCAUGACUUGCCACGAGGGACACAGCCUCUGGUACAGCCCUGCCCAUCUCUUGCUGCACUCCCCUGGAGCUUGCUCUCUUGGUCUGAGGCUCCCAAAUCUUUGCUGUCCUUAUUCUGGCACCUCUCUUGUUCUGUCUUCUCAUUGGUGUGCAGCUUUAGGAGAUGGUCUUCAGAUCCUUUUCUUAUUUCCUGUUAAUGAACUUUGUAUCCACUUUUACACACACAAUCAAUCCUUAUUUUGACCCUGCUCCUUGUAACCGACCUGGUUCCAGCCUCUGCUGUCCCAGUGGCCAUUGAGCUACAUCUGCUGGCUCAGGGUCUCUUCAGUGCUGCUCCUAACGUGUGGGGUCUGUCACCUUGCUCACUCUUGCCAAGCACUGUCUCUGCCUCUGUGCCUCACCUGCCUGGAGCUGCUCUG